UUCCAGUCUCCCCGCCCUGGAAAGGAUAACAAACCUGCAGAUCCAUUGCGCUCAGUGGACAAUAGAAACAAAAAACUCCACCAGACACUCCCAGUUAAUUAAUCCAACGCGACCGUCAGAUGAGGCGAUGACGUAGGGCUGCCGAGUGACAAGGCCGAUGACGUAUUCCGUGCAUCCGCCCAAGUCAAGACAACUCGAUCGUCCUCAUUCCAGUGAAAUCCUUUUUCUUUCUCUAAUCUAAUCGACUGGACUCAAAUCUAAUUCAACCACAAAACGCAGCGCAAAACAAUGGCCACCAUUUCCAUCUCCGCCCCCGGCGCAGGUGGUUUUCUGUAUAAUUCCGGCCACAACACCGCUCGGCUGUGCGUGACGGCUGAGACGCCAGACUUCGAUACCUCGCUGCUGCGACGCUGGCAGGAUGAGGGCCUCGAUGUGCAGUACGUGCCGUUUAAUGGCGGAGGAAAGGAAUACAUCCUGCGAUUGAAGUCGGUGAAGGAGGGCUUGGGGGUUGGCGAGAACUACGCGGUUGUUGCAUUUGGCGACGCCGCCUCCUUCUGUCUGGACUACUACAUCAAACCCACCACCUCCAGUCGCCUCUGCGCGCUGAUCGCAUACUAUCCCACUAACAUCCCCGACCCGCGCAUGCGCUUCCCCCCGACGCUGCGGGUCAUGACGCAUCUGGCCGGCAGCACCGUUGACGUGACCACCACGCCGACGAUGCUGGGGCUCCAGGGCAAGCGACGCACGAACACGCGACAGAUCAACCCGGGCCUGGGCUCCGGCGAGCGCCUGAACAUCGGCCACCUAGCGUAUACGUACGAGCACGCGCAGCCAGGGUUCGCGGAGACGGAUCUCGAUGAGUAUGAUCGACUGGCGAGCGAGUUGGCCUGGAGUCGCUCGUUGCAGAUGCUGCGGAAGGGGUUCGGCAAGGAUCCGGACAUCGAGGAGAAAUGGGAGGAGCAUUUGGAGGCGAGAUUCUUCUCCAUGAACCUCUCCGACACUAUGGCCCCGUAUACCAACCACGUCGCUCCCACGGUGACCUUCACGCCGACGGUGAGCGGGGGGAUCGGCACGCACGCGCUCCGCCGGUUCUACGAGCACCAUUUCCUGCAGAAGCUGCCGCCGUCGAUGCGGCUGCGCCUGAUCUCCCGCACGCAGGGCACCGACCGUGUCGUGGACGAGCUCUUCGUCAGUUUCCAGCACACACACGAGAUCCCGUGGAUGCUGCCCGGCGUGCCCCCGACAGACAAGCACGUGGAGAUCGUCCUCGUCAGCAUCGUGAGUCUGCGCGCGGGGAGACUCUACUCCGAGCAUGUGUACUGGGACCAGGCCAGCGUGCUGGUCCAGGUGGGCCUGCUGGAUCCGAAGCUCGUUCCGCAGGGCGCGUCGCCGUCCGUCGACCGACUGCCCGUCGUGGGCCGGGAAGCAGCGCGCCGCAUGCUGCAGGAAGACCCGGAGCUUGACGGCAAGGAUUUCCACAACCGGCUGAUUCGCAGGGCGCGAGCCAAGGCGAAGGGCAAGGACGGCGAACCGCAGACGCCGGCGGUCGAGGAGUCUGGAGCCGAGGGUAAGAGUGAGCUGGAUACGCCGCUGAAGGAGCCGAAGGGGAAGGGCAAGGCGGUGCAGCAGGAGUCGCGCCAGGCUGGGCCUCAGCCGGAUACUGAGGCUGAAGAGGAAAAUGGUGAGGAGGAGGCACAAAAUGGCGAGCAGAAUGGACACUCGAAUGAGAAGAAGGGAAUGGCCUCUGUGGAAGACGCCCAGGAUGAUGGAGAGUGAUGGGUUAACGGUAAAUAUUCAGCGUGUUGGUUCUCUGCUUCCAUGUUUUCUAAAUUGCAUGUCCUUUUGGCCGACGGAGUUCGUGUUUGGGUAUAUAAUUCAUCUUUCUUCUGUUCUCUUGCAUGCUCUACACCGCUA